AAGUAUGACCCCGUGCAACGGCGGAGGCGCCAGUGGACCCCUACAACGGAAAAUCAAAACAGCCUUUAAAUAAACUACCAAAAAUUCUCUCCCCGUUCAAAAUUGGCAGCCAAGCCAUCUUCUUCCUAACCACAAUCUUCUCGUACCCAUAUAUAUACACCCCCGAUCUGGCUCCAAGAUCUCUCCCGCAGGCCAUUUCUCCCUCUAGAAUCCCGCUUCGUCUCGCCGUCUCUCUCUGCUACCUGCUGCGCGCUUCGCGGGAUCAAUGGCGGAGGAGAAGAGCAGGUGGGUGCUGAUGGCUACGGCGCAGACGCCGACGAACAUUGCCGUGAUCAAGUACUGGGGGAAGAGGGACGAAACCCUCAUCCUCCCCAUCAAUGACAGCAUCAGCGUCACCCUCGACCCCGCCCACCUCUGCACCACCACCACCGUCGCCGUCAGCCCCGCCUUCACCUCAGAUCGCAUGUGGCUCAACGGCAAGGAAAUUGCACUUGCCGGAGGCAGAUACCAAAAUUGUCUCAGGGAAAUUAGAGCUCGUGCUUGUGAUGUUGAGGAUAAGGAGAAGGGUAUUAAGAUCUCAAAGAAGGACUGGGAGAAGUUGCAUUUACAUAUUGCUUCCUAUAAUAAUUUUCCUACUGCUGCAGGCUUGGCUUCUUCUGCUGCUGGUUUUGCCUGCCUUGUUUUUGCCCUUGGAAAGCUAAUGAAUGUGAAAGAAGAUAAUACUCAUCUUUCUGCUAUAGCAAGGCAAGGUUCUGGGAGUGCCUGCCGCAGUCUAUUUGGAGGAUUUGUAAAGUGGGUCAUGGGAAAAGAUGAAAAUGGAAGUGAUAGUCGUGCUGUUCAACUCGUGGAUGAGAAGCACUGGGAUGAACUGGUUAUUAUCAUCGCAGUGGUAAGUUCAAGGCAGAAGGAAACGAGUAGCACGAGCGGGAUGCUUGACACUGUUGAAACCAGUCCACUUAUACAGCACAGAGCAAAGGAGGUAGUUCCAAAACGGGUGCUUCAGAUGGAGGAAGCAAUUAAAAAACGUGAUUUUCCAACGUUUGCCCAACUAACUUGCGCAGACAGCAACCAGUUUCAUGCAGUCUGCCUGGACACUUCUCCUCCUAUAUUCUACAUGAAUGAUACAUCUCAUAGGAUAAUUAGCUGUGUGGAGAAAUGGAAUCGUUCAGAAGGAACUCCACAGGUUGCUUACACCUUUGAUGCUGGGCCAAAUGCGGUCAUGAUUGCUCGUAAUAGAAAGACCGCUACUCUUCUCCUACAGAGGCUCCUCUUUUACUUCCCUCCAAAACCAGAUACUGAUUUAAGCAGCUAUGUCAUCGGAGAUAGCUCAAUACUAGAGGAUGCCGGGAUUAAGGACUUGAACGACAUAGAAGCCCUGUCUCCGCCUCCAGAAAUCAAAGAUAACAAUGUUACUAAGAACAAGGGCGAUGUUAGUUACUUCAUCUGCACAAGACCAGGAAGAGGACCCGUUUUGAUUAGCGACGAGAGUCGAGCUCUACUCAACCCAGAAACCGGUUUGCCCAAGUGAACCCAUCUUUUCUUCCAUACAAAGUGUUGAAACUUGAAUCUUUUUUGUUUACUAUUUCUUUUUUUUUCCUUUCUUGUACACACACAAAACAGACAUAUAUAUGUUGUAUUGAUGUUGGGGUUUUUGUGUGUAUAAUAAUAAGUAUGGGCAGCACUCCAAAUGCCAAUUACUUAGUUUAAAUACAAGAUUUAUAUAAAA